GAUAAGUAGCAGCACAUAAACAUGCAUUUGCAUGGUAUCAAAAGCGUUAAAGCGGUAGAGUAUCCAUAUCUUUUAGUACAAAUACUUUGAUCAGGUACUUUUUCCUUUUGUAAUUUACUACAAUUGUUUGUUAUUCUGAAGCAUAACGGGUUAAAACCCUAACAGAGAUUAAUUUUCUGCACUUCUUUUUCUUUUUCUUCUGUAUAAUGAGCUCUAAUGGAAAACGAGAUGUCCUGAGGUCAAUAGACUAUUUAUUGUACUGUCAUAUAGCCUACACCUACUUUCUUGAUGCAAGUGUACUUGUCCUGCUUUUUCGUAUAUUGUUACAGCUGCAACUAUUAUCGCCAAGAGCUUUAAACAGAUCCUUAAGAACAGCGCUUGCUAUAGUGACAUCGGGAUGGUUAAUGUGUUUAUUGCUACAUGCAAUAACUGAACCAGGAGAACCUGGUAUCAUCAUUGACUUUAUUGGCAAUCAACAAAAACCAAGCAUAUUUCGAUUAUUUAUGUUGGACUGCGUUGUAUAUAUUCUACAGAUUAUACGUGUAUUGAUUACAUCCAGCCUUUCUUCUCAGUUAUUACUUAAUGGCACAGUCGUCACUACAUUAACUGUACCACCUGCACUCGCAACAGCUUUAGGAGCAGAGACUGUGACGCUCAUGUUACCCCCAAGAGAGGGAUCAAACAGUGAGGAUUCAACCGAAGAUUUAUUUUAUCACCAUGAUUUGGUAGUGGAUAUUGGCUUAAGAAGUUCAGUUAGAAAUAUUAUGUAUGCGGAUAUGGAAGAUCCAAGCACAGCAAGAGAUGGUUCAGAACGUUUGCCAGUUUAAAAAAUAAAAGAGA